AUGGUGCCUUAUUACCACAUUUGGCUGCUUUUUCCAGUUCUAUUCGUCGCAUUCCAUACAGGGAGCUGUCAAGCUACAGACGUGGACGUGAAGCUCGUAGCUCCCAGCUGGGUCGCUCGAGGCAGUUCCGCCACUCUGAGAUGCUUACACCAAGUGCCCCCGCAACUGCUCUACAAAGUGGAGUUCUUACGUUCGGGGGCCAAGAUAUUGCAGUAUGUACGGGAGAGAGUACCGCCUUACACUAAUUACACCUUCCAGGGCGGAAAGGUCAAUAUUGUUAUUGCAAUCCGGAACCGACACUUGUCCCUGGAUGGAGUUCUUCCUAUUGAUAGCCGAGUGUGGGUGUCGAUCUUGAACACAUCCAUGGAUAUUGAACGUGAACCCUUUCCCGAGUAUGUCAUUAUCAUUGCGAUCCGUAUUUACAUGUCCCUCGUAACCGAAAACUCAAUAACGUUAGAAAAUCUGGACCCGACGGCUUCCGGGUUGUAUUGGUGUGAAGUUUCGUUGGAGACUCCGAUCUUUACUGCAGCUUCGCCACCUCAUCAACUGACCGUCGUGUAUUCUCAGAAACAUCCCCCCAUUAUAACUUUCGGCAAACCGGAUGUGGUGGUCGGAGGGUUGCUUCGUGCCAACUGCACCAGCGCCCCAGCAGCGCCCGCACCGAAACUCAUGUGGUACAUCGACAACGAAAAGGUUCCCGAAGAUUCCAUAAAAUAUUUCUCGUACCGCGUGUCGAGUUCCACUCGAACGAAAGGCGGGAACCACCGACACCGGAAGUACCAACACCGAUAUAUAGCACCAGAGUUCAACUACACAGCUAAGUAUUGGGCGCUCGUCAGCGAAACGACCCCCGCCCCCGCCAACCUCACUAAACAUAGCAAGUGUACGCUGAAAGACGGCCAGGAGGGAGUCGCAAAGAUUGAAAAGCCCCGGGAACUGGCUCCGCCACCCAUAUCUUUGUGGGUUUCCAUCGCCGAGCUUCGGACUCCUGCGCACGGUAGACUACAGCUCACGUGCACUGCCACCAUCCCUGAAGAAGUGGGGCCGGGCGAACGCUUCGCCGAUGUCAAGAAACAAACCGUGACGGUCGCGGUGAACGAGCUCACGUUGAAGAAGCCCCGGACGGAAACGAACGUCGCGAACGGCACGGCCGCGGCACCGCGCUUGGGCCCGCUCUGGCUCUUGGGCUGCGGCCUCCUCUUCCGAGAGCUUACGACGCCCCUAAUGUGA